ACCAGUCAGCAUAUAGGUUUUUGUGGGCCAGAGGGAAGGGUGGAGGUGGCAUGGGAAGGGACGUGGGAGCCACAGAAGAGGUUUAGUUAGCAAAAGCGACAACCUGAUUGAUUAGGAAAGCUCACUCUGUUGCUGUGUGGACAGCGGAUCUUACAGGUGCCAGAGUGUAAGACUUGGGCAAGGUGGGAAGAGUAGGAAAGUCUACAGAAGGCUGCCAAAAAUAAAUUAAAGGGUUUUAAUUUUAUUUAUUUUUUUGUUUUUUACUACACCUAAGGCCCAGCUGACAGUAAGAAUUGGUUGUGAAGGCACUCAAGAGUUUGUCACUUUCUCUGAUAAAUUGUUUUAUUGACCCUCAGACGCCCCAGGGGUGAGAGGAGAAACAGUAGCACUUACCCAGGGUUGGAAGUAAGACAAGACAGGAGUCGUGGAAGAUCACUCCUGUAUCCACAACUCCUUCCUGUGGGACUAAAGAGAAACCAUACUUUUUAUAUCACCAGAGAGCUCUGACAGCUACACAGAGCAGUUUAAAUUUAGGCUUGAGAGAAAGCCUUCUGUCACCAUGUUUCUUUAAAACCGAGUAGUGUGUAUCAGGUUUCUCAGGAAGCCAUAGUCUGUCCUAAAAUGCUUUAGGACAGCUUUACUUUUGAUCACAUGAUCCGAGUGCGCUGGAAGCUUCUGAUGCUUCAACUUAAAAGUUCCUUGACUCCCCCGCCCUUUUUUUUAAAAUUUUAAAACAAUAAUAUCUUCAUUUUUCCAGCAUAAAGUAGCGAGUGACCUAGGAAAAUCAAGUCAGAGUUAACUUUAAUUCUAGAAAUGGUCUCUUCGUGCCAGUGUUUUCUGCAUCACAACAAGAUCUAGAUAAUAACUGCUUAGUUUGUGAUAUGUAGGUAAUUUUCAAAAAUUUUGUUAAUUUCCUGAAAAGGUUGGGGGGCAUCUAUUUUGGAUAAUGCUUUUAUUUUAAAGGUAGAUUGGCUCUUUCUCUGGUAGGUUUUGCUUGUUGCUUUUAGUAGCCAGGGACCUGGACUUUCAUCCUGCUUCGUUUCCUCUCUUCUGUUUUCUCCUGGAGCUGUUGAGUCACCAGGGCACACAGAUCCCUGUUCUCCAUUCCCUGGGGCGCCUGUUUGGCCUCACCCCUCUCCUACCUGUGCUGUUGUAGUGCUCUCCUUAUCUAUGUUCUUACCUUUUCUGUUCUCUGCCCCAUCAGGCCAUUUAAGGCACUGCUUCCGUGGUGGUCUUUUAGAAACAGCAGCGUGUCUCUUCCCUCUCCAGAAUUCUUCAAGUCUGACCUCUGUUCCUUACAGCAUAAAAUAUAUAAACUCUUCAGUGAGAUAUAAAGUUUCUUUAUUGUGUAGCCCAGUGGAUUUCAGCCUUUUUGUGUCAUUGAUACAUUUCCAUUUCAGAAUUUUUAGCUGCAUAAUGGAAAUGAUUGAAAAACUCAAAACAUCAAGUCAUCUAUUAAAACAUAGCACCAGCUGUGGCACAGUAGUGGGAAUGCCUUGUGCUGUGCAGAAGAGCACUCGGUCACCUCGCAGUUCAUUCGCCCUGCCUUUGGAAUUGUGUUUCCUCUUGCUCACUGCAAGUUGUACUCUGUUGCAUAUUGCUCUCCACUCUUGCCUAUUGCCCUCCAUGACUUGCUCCACUCCAUCGGACUUUGCCUUAACAGUGUGUGUAUAAAACAAAUUUUGUGCAUUGAAAGUUUUUGCAGCACAUUCAUGGCUUGUGGAUUGAGAAUUGACCCAUCUCUUCUUAUUUGUCCUGCCUUGCCUCCCACCUCUAUGCUUCAGCAGUUCCAGUACUAUAGUUGUGAGGGCAUGCCACAGUUUCCUGUGUCUUUAUACACAAUGUUUCUCUCCCUAGAUGGUUCUCUUCCUGCUUGUGUUAUUCAUCCUACAGUUUCAGCUUAAUAGUACUUAAUGUUAAGCCUUCUUCCACUGCUUGGAGGGGAUUUUUUUUUUUCUGUUCUCGCUGGACUUCAGAUGCUUUAAAUAUACUUUCACCAGGAAGUUCUCAUUUCUCAACAUUGCACCCUUUUCAUUGUUUGCAGUGCUUCUUCGUUGUUCCAUAAGCUCUAAGAGGACGUGGACCAUGCCUUUUCAUCUUUGUGUUUCUAACACUUACACAGUGUUUGGCAUACUGUAGGGAUUUAAUAUUGUUUGAGUUAAUGGAUAAAUGAAUAUUCUUAUUUUGGAUUUUCUUUGGUGAGUGUAGGUCUUGCCUCUACUUCCAUAGCAAAGUGGGAGGUAGGAAGGAAAUAACUAGAAGCAAUGGAUUGGUUGUAGUUCGAUCAUCAUGGAUAGAUCUUAAAAAAUGUAGUGCUUAGUGAGUAAAAAUAAAAAAUAGAAUGAAAUCUGUAACAGUACCUUUACGUAAAAUAACACAAAUGCCUGGCACACAACAAGGCUCAGUUUAGAAGGAAGCACACCAACACUAAACUUAUCAAUAGUUGGAGUCGGGGAGGAAUUAACUAAAUGUAUUUGUUCUUUUGCUUUAUACAUUGGUUGUUUGUGACAGAUAUUGAAGCAGAGUAGCCUAAGAUGAGUUGCUUUAGAGGAUAUGUUCAGAAUUUGAAACCUAUCUAAAUUCAGCUUCAGGCAUAGUUGAAAGAAGAGAAAAGGUUUCUUAGGUUUACUUAAGCAGAAUUCUUUGAGACAUUGUCUGGCUUUGAAAACGUUCACUGUGAAGUAAUACCAUUUAUAGAUAAACAUUUCUUGAUGCUUCAGGAUGUGAACAUUCUCUUUGUCAUGUUCUUGUCGCCUGUUAACUUUCUCCUCUUUGUGGAACUUUGAUUCCCUGAGUCACAGUUUCAGUUCAGUUCAACAAACUUGUAUUGCAUAUUUGCUUUGUGUGAGAUCUGACAGAGUUUUUUUGGGGAAUGAGGUACAAUGUAGGAGGAGAAAAACCAGGGAAGAAGCAUUUAAGAACCAAAACCUGUGUCCUAAAGAAUGUAUGGACCAGUAGGACAGAUAAGACAGGGAUACAAACAACUACAGUGUGAAUGGUUGUCAGAGAAGCAAAGAGAACAUUUACUUCUGGCUGGAGAUGUUUCUCACCGUGUAUCUCAGUAACAAUGAGCAGCACUUCACAGAAGUUCCAGUUACUCCAGAAACAAUAUGCAGAGAUGUGGUGGAUCUGUGCAAAGAACCCGGAGAGAGUGAUUGCCAUUUGGCUGAAGUGUGGUGUGGCUCUGAACGUCCAGUUGCGGAUAAUGAGCGAAUGUUUGAUAUUCUUCAGCGAUUUGGAAGUCAGAGGAACGAAGCUCGCUUCUUCCUUCGUCAUGAACACCCCCCUGGCAGGGACAUUGUGAGUGGACCAAGAUCUCAGGAUCCAAGUUUAAAAAGAAAUGGUGUAAAGGUUCCUGGUGAAUAUCGAAGAAAGGAGAAUGGUGUUAAUAGUCCUAGGAUGGAUCUGACUCUUGCUGAACUUCAGGAAAUGGCAUCUCGCCAGCAGCAACAGAUUGAAGCCCAGCAACAAUUGCUGGCAACUAAGGAACAGCGCUUAAAGUUUUUGAAACAACAAGAUCAGCGACAACAGCAACAAGUUGCUGAGCAGGAGAAGCUUAAAAGGCUAAAAGAAAUAGCUGAGAAUCAGGAAGCUAAGCUAAAAAAAGUGAGAGCACUUAAAGGCCACGUGGAACAGAAGAGACUAAGCAAUGGGAAACUUGUGGAGGAAAUUGAACAGAUGAAUAGUUUGUUCCAGCAAAAACAGAGGGAGCUCGUCCUGGCUGUGUCAAAAGUAGAAGAACUGACCAGGCAGCUCGAGAUGCUCAAGAACGGCAGGAUUGACGGCCACCAUGACAAUCAGUCUGCGGUGGCUGAGCUUGAUCGCCUCUAUAAGGAGCUGCAGCUAAGAAACAAAUUGAAUCAAGAGCAGAAUGCCAAGCUACAACAACAGAGGGAGUGUUUGAAUAAACGUAAUUCAGAAGUGGCAGUCAUGGAUAAGCGUGUUAAUGAGCUGAGGGACCGGCUGUGGAAGAAGAAGGCAGCUCUACAGCAAAAAGAAAAUCUACCAGUUUCAUCUGAUGGAAAUCUUCCCCAGCAAGCCGCGUCAGCCCCAAGCCGUGUGGCUGCAGUAGGUCCCUAUAUCCAGUCAUCUACUAUGCCUCGAAUGCCCUCAAGGCCUGAAUUGCUGGUGAAGCCAGCCCUGCCGGAUGGUUCAUUGGUCAUGCAGGCUUCAGAGGGGCCGAUGAAAAUACAGACGCUGCCCAACAUGAGAUCUGGGGCUGCUUCACAAACUAAAGGCUCUAAAAUCCAUCCAGCAGGCCCUGAUUGGAGUCCUUCAAAUGCAGAUCUUUUCCCGAGCCAAGGCUCUGCUUCUGCACCUCAAAGCACUGGGAAUGCUCUGGAUCAAGUUGAUGAUGGAGAGGUUCCACUGAGGGAGAAAGAGAAGAAGGUGCGUCCGUUCUCAAUGUUUGAUGCAGUAGACCAGUCCACUGCCCCACCUUCCUUUGGUACUCUGAGGAAGAACCAGAGCAGUGAAGAUAUCUUGCGGGAUGCUCAGGCUGCAAAUAAAAGUGUGGCUAAAGUACCACCUCCUGUUCCUACAAAACCAAAACAGAUUAAUUUGCCUUAUUUUGGACAAACUAAUCAGCCACCUUCAGAUGUUAAGCCAGAUGGAAGUUCUCAGCAGUUGUCAACAGUUGUUCCGUCCAUGGGAACUAAACCAAAACCAUCAGGGCAGCAGCCGAGAGUGCUGCUGUCUCCCAGCAUACCUUCAGUUGGCCAAGACCAGACCCUUUCUCCAGGUUCUAAGCAAGAAAGUCCACCUGCUGCUGCUGUCCGGCCCUUUACUCCCCAGCCUUCCAAAGACACCUUACUUCCACCCUUCAGAAAACCCCAGACCGUGGCAGCAAGUUCAAUAUAUUCCAUGUAUACGCAGCAGCAGGCUCCAGGAAAAAACUUCCAGCAGGCUGUGCAGAGCGCGUUGACCAAGACUCAUACCAGAGGGCCACACUUUUCAAGUGUAUAUGGUAAGCCUGUAAUUGCUGCUGCCCAGAAUCAACAGCAGCACCCAGAGAACAUUUAUUCCAAUAGCCAGGGCAAGCCUGGCAGUCCAGAACCUGAAACAGAGCCUGUUUCUUCAGUUCAGGAGAACCAUGAAAACGAAAGAAUUCCUCGGCCACUCAGCCCAACUAAAUUACUGCCUUUCUUAUCUAAUCCUUACCGAAACCAGAGUGAUGCUGACCUAGAAGCCCUACGAAAGAAAUUAUCUAAUGCACCAAGGCCACUAAAGAAACGUAGUUCUAUUACAGAGCCAGAGGGUCCUAACGGGCCCAAUAUUCAGAAGCUUUUGUAUCAGAGGACCACCAUAGCGGCCAUGGAGACCAUCUCUGUCCCAUCAUACCCAUCCAAGUCAGCUUCUGUGACUGCCAGCUCAGAAAGACCAGUAGAAAUCCAGAAUCCAUAUUUACAUGUGGAGCCCGAGAAGGAAGUGGUCUCUCUGGUUCCUGAGUCAUUGUCCCCAGAGGAUGUGGGGAGUGCCAGUACAGAGAACAGUGACAUGCCAGUUCCUUCUCCUGGCCUUGAUUAUGAGCCUGAGGGAGUCCCAGACAACAGCCCAAAUCUCCAGAAAAACCCGGAAGAACCAAAUCCAGAGGCCCCCCAUCUGCUUGAUGUGUAUCUGGAGGAGUACCCUCCAUACCCACCCCCACCAUACCCAUCCGGGGAGCCUGAAGGGCCAGGAGAAGACUCAGUGAGCAUGCGCCCGCCUGAAAUCACCGGGCAGGUCUCUCUGCCUCCUGGUAAAAGGACAAACUUGCGUAAAACCGGCUCAGAGCGUAUUGCUCAUGGAAUGAGGGUGAAAUUCAACCCCCUUGCUUUACUGCUAGAUUCGUCUUUGGAGGGAGAAUUUGACCUUGUACAGAGAAUUAUUUAUGAGGUUGAUGACCCAAGCCUGCCCAAUGAUGAAGGCAUCACGGCUCUUCACAAUGCUGUGUGUGCAGGCCACACAGAAAUCGUGAAGUUCCUGGUACAGUUUGGUGUAAAUGUAAAUGCUGCUGAUAGUGAUGGAUGGACUCCAUUACAUUGUGCUGCCUCAUGUAACAACGUCCAAGUGUGUAAGUUUUUGGUGGAGUCAGGAGCCGCUGUGUUUGCCAUGACCUACAGUGACAUGCAGACUGCUGCAGAUAAGUGCGAGGAAAUGGAGGAAGGCUACACUCAGUGCUCCCAGUUUCUUUAUGGAGUUCAGGAGAAGAUGGGCAUAAUGAAUAAAGGAGUCAUUUAUGCACUUUGGGAUUAUGAACCUCAGAAUGAUGAUGAGCUGCCCAUGAAAGAAGGAGACUGCAUGACAAUCAUCCACAGGGAGGAUGAAGAUGAAAUCGAAUGGUGGUGGGCGCGCCUUAAUGAUAAGGAGGGAUAUGUUCCACGCAACUUGCUGGGACUAUACCCAAGAAUUAAACCAAGACAAAGGAGCUUGGCCUGAAACUUCACACAGAAUUUUAGUCAAUGAAGAAUUAAUCUCUGUUUUUAAGAAGAAGUAAUACGAUUAUUUUUGGCAAAAAUUUCACAAGACUUAUUUUAAUGACAAUGUAGCUUGAAAGCAAUGAAGAAUGUCUCUAGAAGAAAAUGAAGGAUUGAAGAAUUUACCCUUAGAGGACAUUUAGCAUGAUGAAAUAAAGCAUCUACGUCAGCAGGCCAUACCGUGUUGGGGCAGAGGUGUCCCAUGUAGCACUCGGAGAAGUACACAGCGACAAUCCUGUUUUCUACAAGAAUCCUGUCCAGUAAAUAGGACCAUUUAUUGGGCAGUUGGGAAAUCAGCUCUCUGUCCUGUUUAGUGAGUGUUUUCAGCACCUGCUCCUAAACCAGUCCUCCUGCCAGAAAGGACCAGUGCCAUCACAUCGCCGUCUCUGAUUGUACCAGGCACCAGCAGGCCGUUGCGGGGCUCACCUGAAGGCUCGAAGGCCCUGCACACUUGUAUAUUGUCAUUGAGGAACUGUUAGUUGGUCGUCAGUGAACAGUAACUUUAUUAUAUGAGUUCUUGUAGCAUCUUAAGAAUUAUACAUAUGUUUGAAAUAUUGAAACUAAACUACAGUACCAGUAAUUAGAUGUAGAAUCUUGUUUGUAGGCUGAAUUUUAAUCUGUAUUUAUUGUCUUUUGUAUCUCAGAAAUUAGCAACUUGCUAGACUUAAUCGUAAUAUUUGUCAAGAUCCUAGCUGACUUUAAAAACAGUUGUAAUAAACUUUUUGAUGCUAAGCUGUUUA